UCACUGUAGAUGCUACAUUUGUAUAUUAUUGUAUCUAUAAUACUUGUCAUAAUAUAUGUAAGUAAACAAACGAAAAUUUUAAUUUUAAUUUAGUUUUGAGAGUUUAGUUCAAAAUGAAUGGAAACAAACGAUUCGUCAUGCAAAAAGGAGCAACAAGUCGACACGGGGCUAAAGUGAAAGACAUCGCAACAUCUUCACGACAUGAACAAACCAUCGACAGCGACACGUUCUUUACUAACUUACCAUUGAUUAAACAAGCUGACAAUACGAAGCUUCUGCCACGAUAUUCAGCCAUCAUGGGACGUAGUGACGACGAUGGAGUUAAUAUGGACGAUUUGGACCAACUGCAGCUUGAUUUUGAGAAGCUGAUUUCAACGUGUGCUGUUCGAAAUAGGUAUUUGAGGAAUGAAAUUGAAUCAAUCGAUCGAGUGGAAGAGAGGCGAGAUAAAAAAGGAAAAUCAUAUGAUAAAGGUUCUUUAAAACGAAAACGUCCUGAUGAUAAAGCAAAGCAUAGAGAUCUGAAGAAUGGUACAAGACCCAUUAAAAGACAUUAUCCUUUACCCGUGAACAGUUUAAUAGGAGAUGUGCCUUUAAGACAAGAAAUUCCUAAAAUCAACUUACCCAAGAAUGAUACUUCUGAUAAAUUCUGGGCUACAGUUGAGCCAUAUUGUUCUGCAAUUACUAGUUCCCAUGCUAUGUUCUUAGAUAAGUUGAUUGAAGAGUGUUCACAAGAAAUUGAUGUGAAAAUUCCAGAACUGGGUGAUUAUUAUGCGAAUGAAUGGAAUGAUGGUGUAAGUGGUAUUGAACAAGAAUUGGGUUUAGGUUCCAAAUCUGUAGGAAUGGAUCUUAAGAAAAAUGGCUUAAGUGCGAUGGUUGACACAUUUUCAAAUCCCAAAACCCAGAGGUUGUUGGCGGCCUUAAUUGAAGAAAAAGUGAUGACGUCGUUUCCGGGCGUCACAGGAAAAUUAAAACCCUCGGAUUUAAAUAUAAUCAAGUCCGCUGCGGGACCACGUGCUGCGAUUUGUAUGGACAGACGGCUCAAAAAAGAUUUGGUUGAACAAGGACUUCUGAGUGUUGAAGAUUUGUCAAAGAACAUGCCAGAUGAUGAAAUACUGCAAGAAAUCAAGAAAUGUCAGCAAGAGUUAGCCACUGUCAAUGAAUACAACGUUGAAGAACUAAAACGCUUGAAGUCAAUUGUUGCCAAAGAUUUGAAAAGACAAGAAAUAAAAGGGGCUUUGGAUAAAGUAGACAGCCAAGUGCUGGAACUAUACAAUAAAGUAUUAUUAACUAAGCAGAAACAAGUGCAACAGGCUAAAGACGAAGAUUUUGAUAAAGCGACAUUUUCCAAAGUUUUAAAAGAGUUUGAAGUGCAAGCAGACGUUUUGCUAAAACAACAACAUAAGUUACAAAAGGAGUUGUCCGAUCUACAUGAAGCUUGAUUGUUUAUUGUUGUUUUCUGGAACAUAGGCAUUUUCUAGUUAUAGUAAUUAAAACACACAAUGAGAUUCUUAUACAAUUUUUUGACACAUAUUAAUUUACAAAUUAGUCUGAUAUUUGGUGUUUAAAGUUGUUUGUCCUGAUUGUGCCAUGUUGUCACAUUUACUAAAUUACCUAGAAUCCACCAGAUGGCACAACCGAAUUUUUAUUAAUUACUCUAGACAUAUUCGUUACACUUCCUAAAAGUUAACGUUUAACGGAAAUAGAUUAAAAUUAACAACACCGACAAACGAAAGCGUUUAAUUUGUACUGGGAUAGGUUAUACAUAUACAGGGUGUAACCAUCACUCUGUAUAUGCAAUCAAAGAGAGAUGGGUGACGUAAAUACAAAUACCUUACACUGAAAAAUGUUAAGAAAAUUUCGUUUUUUGCCUUAAAAGUUAUAAGGUCUUCGUAAAAAAAUCACUCUUUUUUUAUUCAAAUUGGCACCAUUGUGUGUAUCGAAUGAUGUUCGUUAAGAAAAUAUGAGGAAACAACAGUACCAACCUGACAAUCACAUUUGCAUGAUGAGAUGAACUUAAUCUAAAAAUCACUUACAAAAUAUUGCUAGGAAUUCAAAAUGGCAUUUUGUUGUAAUAUAGUUCUGUCUGUUUAAUAAAGACUACCGACGGCUAAA